GUCGGAAAGGAAAAAUCUGGACCAAAAUCCUGCCGUGUGGACUUAGGCUUAAAGAUUUCCCAUGGCAGACUUUCAGCCUUUGCUUCUGCUGCUUCUCAUCCUGACAGCAUCAUUUGCCAAUGAAAAUGAACCUAUAAUCACCACCAAAUAUGGAAAGGUUCGAGGGAAUGUUUUUAAUGUGCUAGAUGGUCAACUUCAAGCAUUUCGUGGAAUUCCGUAUGCAAAGCCGCCUUCUGAAAAUCGAAGAUUCAAACCUCCAGAGCCAAUGGAUAAAUGGAACGAUGUGAGAAAUGCCCAAUCUUUACCAAAUUCCUGCUACCAGUUGCGAGAUGACAUGUUUCCAGGGUUUGAAGGUGCGGAGAUGUGGAAUCCAAACACCCCUGUGAGUGAGGACUGUCUGUACUUGAAUGUUUGGGCCCCUCUGUUCAAGACCCCCACACCCAGACCGGAAGAUCGUGUUCCUGUAUUAGUUUGGAUAUAUGGAGGUGCCUUUAUGUCAGGAACAUCCACCCUGGAUAUCUACCAAGGCCACUUCUUGUGUAAAGCUCAGAACGUUGUUGUGGUAUCUAUAAAUUACAGACAUGAGUGUCAUCUGGAACAUGAAAGCUAAAAGUGAGAACAAAAAACCAGGAUUGGAGAAACGCUAUUACAAAGUCUACAACAGGCAUCUCAUACAUCUGUUUGACUGAACUGGUUAUCUCAAAUACUGUGAGAGCCAGUUCAAUAUUCAUCUUGGAAACAUUAAUAUAAACAUGUUCAUAUUCACUCCCUACAGCCAGAAGAAGGUAAAUCAUUAAAAAUUCACAAGAUGAACUACCGUAUUUUCGGACUAUAAGCCGAGUUGUGGAUUUUUCUUCAACCACCAGGGGGCUCUUUAGCAGGAAAUGAAUCUUUGGA